AUGGCGAAGACCAAAAAGAAAACAGAUGCUGUUGAUUCAACAAGCUUGCCCAUUCUGGAAUUACUAUCCUUAAAAGCCCCCAUUUUCCAGUCUCUUUCACAUCCUGAACUGCCCAUCAUAAUAACUGGGUUUGGUACAGGCCAUAUUGUGUCUCAUCGUUAUGACCCCACUAAGUUGCAAUCACGUCUGCAUCGUAGGCGUAAAAUUGAAACUGCAACCGCGAGCAAAGAUGCGAGAAAUGUUUCUAAAAUAAAGAACGGCACUUGCCCUUGGACUAGACUAGACAUAGACCUAGAAACUGGUGAUUUGAAAUUGAUUGAUGCUGAAAAACAAGAUCAACAAAGGCAAACAGAAAACAACGAAGAUUUGGGCGUAGAAACGCUUUGGAAGACUAAAAGACAUAAAGGUAGUGUGCGUGCCAUGUGCUUUGAUGCUAAAGGCGACAAUAUUUUUUCUGUUGGAUCUGAUAAUAUCUUGAAAAAAGCCAACACUAUGACCGGCAAAGUGGUCAAAAAGGUAAACUUAAGCUCACUGUUUAAUUCUGAAAAGAAUAAGAAUGAUAAGUUUACCAAAUUAUGCGCUUCUCAAACUCAUCCAUUAAUUCUAAUAGGAGAUGAGUCUGGUAACAUUCAUGUGAUAAACUCAGAAAACUUGGCUUUAACAAAUUCCAUUCGUUCCAUACAUUUUGGUGACUCGAUCAACGAUAUUUUACACUUCGAUAAAAGAUCUGCUUAUAAGUUCAUUUCUCUGGGCCAGACAACGUUAGCUUAUUUUGAUGUUCGUGACAAAGACGCCAAACCGAACGUAGCCGAAAACGAGGAUGGUAAAAUUUUGGUCAGUGAUGAUCAAGAGGACGAAGUUCUUUGCGGUUGUUUCGUCGAUCCCGAAGUGGCAGAUACCCUUUUGUGUGGGAUGGGCGAGGGUAUUGUUACUGUCUGGAAACCAAAUAAGAAUGAUUUGGAAGAUCAAAUGAGCCGUAUAAAAAUUAGUAAAGAUGAAAGCAUCGAUUGCAUUGUUCCAACUUUACAGGACGAUAAUUGUGUAUGGUGUGGUUGCUCCAAUGGUAACAUCUAUAGAGUCAAUGCUAAAUUAGGGAAAGUCAUUGAAGUGAGAAACCACAGUGAACUGGAUGAAGUCAAUUUUGUUGAUUUAGAUUUCGAGUACCGUGUUGUUUCAGGUGGUUUGGAAAACAUCAAGAUAUGGGAAUUAUCAAAUGAUGACGUAGAGAAAAAUGAAUCUUUAGAAUCUGAUAGUGAGGACUCUUUCUCCCGUUCUGAUGAAGACAUCAGCGAUGACAGCAGUUCUGAUGAAUGUGAAACGACGCUUGUCGGACUAUCAAAAGAAGUGUUAUUGAAUGAAUUGGAUAAAGACCUCAAUGAAGAUCAUAACGAGGAAAAGGAAUCCAACUCAAAAAGUAUUAAAAAAAGAAAGAUAAUGAAGGAGAAUAGCAAGAAAAAAGAUUUGUACGAGCAUGGGAUCAAGAAGUUUGAUGAUUUAUAG